AUGUUACGUAACAAAAAUAUUUUGACAAUGGACAAGGCAAUAAGUUUACUUGAACAUGUCAAAAGGUCAAUGAUAGAAGCAAGCAAGUUAAUAACUGUGAAUUUUAUGGGUGGCAUGGCUCGAAAUCCAUCAAAUUACGGUCCAAUACGUGAUGUGGUUUCUGUCUACCGUUUUACUCUCGCGGUUAAGUUGAAUAAUAUCAUUGUCACAAAGAUUAAUAUCGAUUACUUGACUCUCGAUAUGUGUCCACAUCAUCUGAUGAAAAUUGAUAUUCUCCAGACGUUAACACACACGCAGAUGAAGGUUAAUUGA